AUGUGGCUAAAAUUCUCGGGUCUUGGGCCAGCGGGCAGAGAUCUUUUCCUUUGCUUAGUUUAUCUCCCUCCGGAGCAGUCUUCAUGGUAUCGUCAAGCUGGGAUCUCAGUGGAGGAGGUCUUUGAGCAGCUCAGGGACGAAGUGGGAGAAGCGCUGCUAUGUGGAGAAGUCUUGCUCGCAGGAGAUUUCAAUGCUAGAACGGGCGUUGUUCCUGAUUGGAUGGAUUGCAGGGACCUCCAUCUCCUUGCUCAAACGCCAGAUGCAGAGUGCUUUAGUGAGAACUGCUUCUUCUGGCCCAAAGCUCAAAAGGCAUUUGAUCCUUCGCAAGCAGCUGCAGAUUUAGAAGAAGCCAUCGAAAGUGCUGCCUUAGAGGCUUUUCCUACGCCGCAAUCCAGGAAGGAUUUUGUAGGGAGUGGUAGUCCAGCCUGGUUCGAUACCGAUUGUCGAACGGCCCGUAGGAGAUUUCGAGACGCUUUGAAAGCAGGUGGGCCGUCUCACUUAAGCAGCCAACUAAAGAAGGAGUAUCGAAAGCUUGUCCGGAGGAAGAAACGGGCUUUUAGCAAGUACCGCGCGGCCAAGUUAGAAGAUCAAAUCCUGAACAGUCCAGGUCGCUUCUGGAAGCAAUUUCGAAAGAAAAGGCAAGGUCUAGGUCUGGCGCAUAAGGAAGGCCUUGUCAGGCAUUGCCAAAACUUGUAUGAGCAGUCGGAAGUGGAGGAGGAUGUCCUUGCAGAUGCGACACACGCAUCGCAUGGUUUUGAGGAGGUCAUACAAGCGAGAGGAAGGAGCGAAGGUCUGGAGGGCCGAAUUUUGGAGAGCGAGGUCGAAGCAGCGUUGAAGGGCCUCAAGAACGGAAAGAGCGCUGACUUAAAAGGUUUCACGGCUGAGUUGCUAAAAGCAGGGCAAAAGCAGCUCGUAGCGGGGCUAACCCAGGUUUUUAACCGGGCUUUCGAAGAGGGCGUGUUUCCGAGUAGUUGGAACGAGGGUGUGCUGGUUGCCAUUUUCAAAAAGGGGGACCCGUCAGAUUAUGGCAAUUAUAGGACGGUGACAGUAGGGCCAAUCCUUGGCAAGCUGUUUGCGACCGUCAUCAAUCGAAGGCUGACGGAGUGGGCGGAGAAAGGGUCGAUUCGGGCGAACGGGCAGGCAGGGUUUCGGAAAGGGUUCCGAGCGGCGGAUCAUCUUUUGGCGCUGCGGGUUCUGAUCGAAAGAUGGGGUCGAGGUAGAGAUCGUCACCUCUUUGCCUGCUUUGUCGAUUUUAAGAAAGCUUUUGAUUUGGUGCCAAGGCAAAAGUUGUGGCGACGGUUGAAAGAACUAGGAGUGGGAGAAGAAAUGCUGCAAAGUGUGCAGAGCAUGUACACUGAUGUCCGUUGCCGGGUUAGAGGAGAAGGUUGGAUUUCGGAGGAGAGCUUCAAGAGCAGUUGGGGAGUUAAACAGGGGUGCCCGUUGAGUCCCCUUCUGUUCGGUUUGUACAUAGACGGUUUGGAGGAGUCGAUGCGCGGGGAGGAAGAUCCGACGUUAAAGGGGGUCAGAUUUCCGCUUUUAGCGUUUGCGGAUGAUGUGCUUCUUUUGUCGAGGAACCCGGAGGGUGAUCUGCAAAGAAAGCUGAGGCUGUUGGAAAAGUUUUCGAAAGAGAGCGGUCUUUCUGUGAAUCUUCAAAAGACGCAGAUUGUGGUCUUUGGCGGUCGGUUCAGCAGUCAGAAGGGAAAGCACGACUUCGAGUAUGGCGAAGAGCUGGUCGAGAUUGUCCAAAGCUACCGCUAUUUGGGGGUCCAGUUCAAUUGCAACGGGAAGUUCACAGAGGCUGUUCAGCAUCUGGUAGAAGCUGGGCGGAAGGCAAGUUUUGCGAUGGAAAGGAGGUGUGCCGAGCUGGGGUUGCGCAGAGCGAGCACGAGGGUGGGCUUGUUUGACGUUUUGGUUAGCCCAAUCCUUGGGAAUGGAGCGGAGGUCUGGGGCCCCGGCUACGGUCCGGAGUGGGGUUGGAACGGCGAUGGGGACGGUCCUGAGAAGGUGCAUCGCGCGUUUCUAAGGGGUUUGUUGAAAGUUCGGAAAUCGUCGCUGUCCAAGGCGGUCUUGGGAGAAUUCGGUCGGUUCCCCUUGGUGAUCAGACGUUGGGCGCAGGUCUUCAAGUUUGUCAACCGGACGGCAAGUCUUGCAGAAAACCGGUUGGCCCGCUUGGCAUUCGAGGAGUCGAAGGAGAUGUGGGCAGCAAACGAAGGCGGGUGGUAUGCGAGGAUUGUAGGAAAGGCUUGUGAACUCGUUUCAGCAGAUGAGAGUAUAGGUGUUCUAAACCUGGCGUUGCUUCAAGAGAGGUCUGAGAUGGCAUAUAUGCAAGAUCUAAGAGAGGGGUACGGCAGAAAGUUUUGCACGUACUUUGAGGAUGUCAAGGAAGGCUACUCCUUUGAGUCUUUCAUAGAUGAAAUAGGCGUCUCCAAGUACUUCGACACUCUAGCCAAAUUCAGAGUCGGAGCCCACAAGCUUGCUAUCGAAACAGGGAGUUGGCAAGGGAUUGCUCGCGAGGAGAGACUCUGCCAGGUGUGCACGUUAGGAGCAGUAGAGUCAGAAAGGCAUUUUGUCUAUAAUUGUCCGGCCUAUAGCGACAUUUGA